GAGUCUCACGCGCCAAACAAGCGAGGCGGAACCGGAAGAAAACAAGCGCUGAUUCAGUUUCACACUGCGAGUCUGUAAAUGAGGAAGAUGGAAGAUUUAAUAUCAAUAAACUGCGUUAAACUUCUGAUUAUCGCUUUGUUUUACACGUGUGUGAGAUGCAGUUCAGUGGAACAGAAGAUCUAUGUUGAACUCAACGACACGGUUCCGUGUGUGCGACUCCUGAACGCCACACAUCAGAUCGGCUGCCAGUCGUCGAUGUCAGGAGACACAGGAGUUCUGCAUGUUCUGGAGAGCGAAGAAGAUCUGGACUGGAUCCUCAACACUGGACCUCAUCCACCUUAUAUGAUCGUCAUGGAGACGGCCUUCUUCAACAGGUCGGUCAUGUUGAGAAUGAAGAACUCGUCCAGAGUGUCUGGAGUCGCUGUGAUCGUCUCAAAAACAGGCCUUGCUGAAAACUUCUCACCUCACACAACCUGCCCUAACCAGAACACAGGUGUGUAUUCUGCGGAUUACGGGCCUGAACUCGCCAACUGUAACGGGACCAGCUGGAAUCCUCUCGGGAACGGACUCUCCUAUGAAGACUUCUCUUUCCCUGUGUUUGCUCUGAAAGAUGAGAAUCAGACUCAGGUCAUCCGAAAGUGUUACGAGGAUCAUAACCUGCGUGUGAACGGAAGCGCUCCUCAGUAUCCGCUGUGUGCGAUGCAGCUCUUCUCACACAUGCACGCCGUGACCGACACCGUGACGUGCAUGAGGCGCACGGACCUGCAGAACCGCUUCAGCAUCAACCCAGAAGUUCUGUGUGACCCUUUGAGUGAUUUCAACGUGUGGUCGUCGACUCGGCCCCUGAACAGCAGCGCCAAGGGCCACAAGCCCAACGAGAGCGUCGUCAUCGCAGCCACACGGCUUGACGGCAGGUCGUUUUUCUGGGACGAGGCUCCAGCGGCCGAAGGAACCGUGUCUGGGAUCGUCACCCUAUUGGCUGCCGUUCAUGCGCUUCAGCCUGUCACUCAAGAGGCUCCGCCCCCUCGCAAUAUAUUCUUCACCUUCUUCCAAGGGGAAGCCUUCGACUACAUCGGCAGCUCGAGGAUGGUGUACGACAUGCAGAGGAACGAGUUCGUGAUCGACUUCGACAACGUUCACUCCAUGCUGGAGAUCGGGCAGGUUGGCCUGCGCAGUGGGCGGGAACUUUGGAUGCACUCUGACCCCGUAUCAUUGAGAAACAGCAGUGUGAAGGACAAGGUCUCAGAGAUGAUGAAGAGCAUGCAGUCUAUCGCUGCUGGUCUGCGCAUCUCAUUGGACGAGCCUCCUGUCACUCAGCCGCUCCCGCCCUCGUCCCUGCAGCGCUUCCUGCGAGUGCGGCCAAUCCCAGGCCUCGUUCUGGCGGAUCAUCAGUCCUCGUUCAUCAACAGAUACUACGAGAGUGUGUAUGACGACGCAGAGAACCUGAACAUCUCGUACCCGCCCAACCUGAGUCCAGACGAGCAGCUGGUGUUCGAGACGGAGGAAGCCAAGUCUCUGGCUGAAGUCGCCACUCUCGUCGCUCGCUCACUUUACAAGCAGGCGGGAGGAGAAGAGAGAAACCUGAACAACAUCACCACUGACCCCAAGAUCGUCGCUCAGUUGCUGUACGGGUUUCUAAUCCAGAAGAACAACAGCUGGUUUCGGUCCCUGCUUCCUCCCGAGGUCACGAAGAAAGGAGCCAACAGCAUCUUAAGCUCCGGUCCUCCUCAGUUCUACAUCGGUGUGGGUCCGCGCAACAUCGGCCCCGUGCACAGCGUGACCCGCUUCGUUCAGUACAUCAUGGCCAACCUGACCGGCAGCGUCACCAACCUCACCGAGACCCAGUGCCUGAGCCCCGAGAGCAAGGACUUGUUCUCGUAUUUCUGGGUGUCGGGGCCGUGGGUGAACAGCAGUGGAGAGCCGUUCUGCGUGAGGGCGUCGGUGCGUCUGGCUAAAGCCGUGUCUCCCGCCUUCGAGCGCAUGGAGUACGGCUCCCGGAAUUACUCCACAUGGACCGAGUCUCGCUGGAAGAGCAUCCGAGCGCGAGUCUUCCUCGUGGCCAGCCGAGAACUCGAGAUGUUAACACUCGGAGUGGGCGUGGCUGUGCUGCUGCUGUCUCUAUUGGUGACGUACUUCAUCAGCUCGAAGGCGGAGCUUCUGUUUAGCUCCGCCCGUGAAACGCCCACAACCACCUACUGAGCAGAAUAUCAUCCGCUCGAAGACUGUGCUUCUGUUUAACUCCGCCCAUGAAACGCCCACAACCACCUCCUGAACAGA